CAAAUCGGAGAACGAAGCGAAUGCAAAAAGCGCGGGCAGCUGUGGAGAAGUACAGGAAAUGCUGCAACGAGAUGAUCCGUUACAGAAUACAAGAUGUAUAAAAUAGAAAAAAUAUAAUUCAGCAAUGAAGGAGAUUUAAGUUCAAUCGAAGCAAGGAUCGACAAGCUACUCAAUAAAUACGUUGCACAAAACGAAGGCACGGCACCAUGUUGAGUCUUUGUUUUUCGUUCCGACAGAGGCAACGGCGGAACCGACGUAAGUUCCGCAAUCCAUUGGGGGCUGUUCUUGGGGUUCUAGUCUAUGCAGUGGUCAAUAUUCUUUGCAAAAUGCAGACCGUGGCCUUUGUCGAGGUAGCAUUGUCUUCCGGCCGGGGCCGGAAGAAUACUCCACUCGGACGAACGGAGGUUUGCAACAAGAACGACUCUGGCAGAGCCAGUGAAAUGUAUUCAAGCACGAGUUCCACCGAGCAAGCAAUUGCGAAAUCCAAUGCUCCGCGGCGCUUGACUACCGACAAUGGCAAUAUCAAAUCGGAAAGAAACAAUUAUAAUGACAAUGGCAAGAAGUACGAAAGAAGUCCAAAAGAAAUGAAUAAUCGGCAGCGUCGCCGCAACCAACACCACACGACUAGUGGCACUCGUAGCUCAGAAUGCCAACGGAUCACAAAAGAAUUGGAUGCGAUUCGGUCCCCACCUGGAAUAAAAGAUUGGAUUACAGACACAAUAUGGCAACAUCAGCAAAAUAGCACUCUGCAGUCGCCGUCGCCCUGGGCAGGGUGGAACGUUCACGAACAGGUAAGCUUCGUGAAGUACCUGCGGCAGAGGAAUGCUUAUGCUUCCAUCGUGCCCUUUCUCUCCGGCUUAGAUCCGAAUCCCUCAGACAGAGAAAUGGACAAAGAUAAUUCACUUCGCCCAGGGAAAUCGAGCAGAACGCAAAAUCAUCUCGUCAAGGUAUAUACGACGGCGUUGUUUGCCCUCUCUGCUUGUACAGAUUCGGGCCAACAAGAUUGGAACCAUGGGCUGGAUACGAAACCAAUGGUGCUUGAAAUUCUUGAUCAAAUGGAUCGGAAUCACAUUCCAGCCACAACAUUGACGUAUGUAGCGAUAUUCAAAAAUCUGCAGGGUCGUCCAGCGGAUGUGGCCCAAAUGAUUCGAUUCUUGGAACAACGAGAACGUAAUCUCGCGCCGAAGGCUAAGAACCCCGGGAAACUUUGGGAUGCCGAAGUCUACCACGCUGCUAUUUAUGCCUGUCGGAGCCAUAGUAAUCGCUUUCGCCGAACGAGUCGAAGUAGCGACAACGGAUAUGGCAGCCGCAAUGAGUCCAUGAAUCCCAAUUUCGACAACAAAGAUUGGCAGACUGCAAUUGCCUUGAUGCAGCAGAUGCAAAGCAAGGGUGUUUCCCCAACGUCGCAAACAUACCUUGCAGUCCUCGAGGUUUUUGGUCAGCACCCGAGCAAGAUGGCCGUGAUGAAGUCGAUUAUUCAGCAGUGGAAAAACUCCAAGGCCGCCGGUGUCUGCAACAACGAAGAAGAUGAUCGGAUCUGGGCUACCGCGCUCAACGCAUGUGCCGUUGCGGGCGAUUAUUGCCAAGCGCUAAAGUUUAUUGAGGAAAUGAUGUCCGAGGGGUGCGCUCCUAAUCUUCGUCACUGCACGGCUCUCCUGAAAGCCAUUUCCGGAGCCAAGGGGUACCCUCAGGACCAGCUCGCUAUGACUGCACUGAAUGCAAUGAUGGGGAACGAGACCGCGGCGCUCGAAACACAAGAUGGUGACAACGGCAAAGACUACCGUGUACUGCUGCCUUGUACCGAUCUGGACAUAGUCGCACUAAAUACCGUCCUGUCGAUUGUAGUCAAGGCAGGGAACUUUGAAGACGCAAUGGUGCUCUUCAAUCGCAUCAAGAGGGGAAAAUUCCGAAAUGCCGCUGGAGGCAUGAUUACCCCCGACCGCAUUACGUAUCACAACCUAUUAGCUGGCUCAAGCGAUCCCGAAACUGCGAAGCGGAUAGUCAAGGAAAUGCGGUUGUCGAGAAGAAACCGCAACGGUGCCAUUCCACCAACCAGCGUAACGUAUGCGCACGCCAUAAGCACCUGCCAACGAGCCAAAACGCCAGACCUCUCGACCGUCAACCAGCUGAUGAAAUGGGCCAGCGAGGACGGUGUAAAGCACACGGUGUUCAUGUACGCUUCCGCGAUCUGGACUGCCCAGCGCUGUGGUGACCUCUCCCGAUGCCUGGAACUCUACGAAGAAAUGGAACGAACAGGAUGCAGAGCGAACUCCGUGGUUAUGAACGGAAUUCUGACCGCGCUCUGCGAUCGUGGUGCCAACGCAAGUGCGUUGAAUGCAUUCCAUCUGAUGAAGGAUCGAGGCUUUCAGGUUUCACCCAUUGCUCUGAAGCGGUUGGUCUUUCUUACAAUACAGUCCAAAAAGAAUCAGUUGACGGAAAAGGAAAAAGAAGCAACUCUCUCGGCGAUACUGGAUCGCCUCGAUCCACAGGAACGAACCGUAAAGAUUAGCAGUCCCGUCUUCGAAGCCUUGAUUUGCAUCCAUGCAUCCAGGGGCGACAUCGACCAAGCCCUGUCCGUGGCUGACAAAAUAAACGGGACUUUCGAUGCGGCCUGUCUCCGAGCAAUCCUCCUUGCGUAUUCCACGGGUCCAAAAUCGUUAUGGUCGGACGCCGUUGAACUGCUUCAUACAACAAUUAUUGAAGAAUCACCGGCACCCGGAAAGGUAGACCAGAUUGCGCUGAGCCACACUCUUACAACUUGUAGCAGAGCAAACGAGUUUGAAGAGAGUUUAUCGCUGCUGAGUCUCUACGGGAUUCCAGUCAACGAAUUGCCUGAUGGGUUCCCACACCUGUCCAUUGUAGCCCUGAAUGCUUUGAUAGCCGCCUGUGGUCGCUGUGGACGCCCCGAUCUUAGUAUAUUCGUUUUGAAUGAGAUAUCAUCGCGAUAUGGUUUGCGCCCAGACAGUCGGAGCUACAGAAGCGCAAUGAUUGCCUGUAACAAGGCACAGCAUGCGGAGAAAGCUAGGAAUUCAAACAACUCACAGGAAACCACGAACGACGAAAUGGAUGGCGAGUACGCUCUUCAAUGGUGGGAGUGUUCUCUUGCACUUUACAGGAGGAUGACCGAAGAGGGAUUGAAACCAGACGUACAAACCCAUUCUUCGAUCAUCUCAAGUUGUGAGGCCGCUGGCGAAUGGCAGCGGGCGCUCUGGGUACUACAAUCCAUAAUCGACAAAUCUGCGGACGAACCGGACGAUGCAACCCCUUCUCUGAACGUAUAUUGUUGGAAUGCAGCUCUGAGUGCCUGUGAAAAGGGAGGUGCUUGGGUCGAAGCCCUCGAUCUUUACGAGCGGAUGCUCGAAUCUCCUUUCCAACCUAAUGUCGUGACCAUCAAUUCUAUGAUGGAAGCGCUCGACAAAGCCGACCAGAAAGAGCUCGCACAGAGCAUCUACGACGAGGGACUGGAACUCGGCAUUCUCCAUCCAUGGAAGGAGACGACCGACAAGGAUGGCACCCCCAUCAUGGCCCUCGAUCUGCACAACUUUUCGGAAUCCAUGGCGAGGGCAGCCGUUCGCAAAACCAUGGACAACUGGCUGGACGAGAAGGACGAAACGGGUGGCGGUCUGAGCGGCGAUUUUGUGAUCAUUACGGGGAAGGGAAAGCACAGCGCGUCCCACCCAGUUCUUCAGAGAGUUACGAAGCAAGUGUUUCGGGAGGAGUACGGGAUCGAGGCAGCCGUAGACAAAUCCAAUAGCGGACGCCUCGUUAUUUCCACGGGGGAUCUUCUGGAGUUGUAUUCCGGCAAGUCCUGGAGAUAGCAGCGGCGUGUCAUGCACUUUGUCCUUUUAAGGUACAAGUUAUAGCAAUAAUUUAUCUUGACAUUC